AUGACAAUCACAACGUACGGUGUGGACAAGUGUCCGGACAAGUUCGAUGAGUACCGGUGCACGCUGCCGGAGCGCUACCGGAAGCUGGCAAACGAGCAGCUGCGUGAGGAUGAGCUGAUCCGUAAGCAAGCGCUCGAUCAGAUGCGCCAGUGGAUCGCGAAACACCCGUACAUCCGGCGGUGCCGUACGGAUGCCGUGUUUCUGCUCCGGUUUCUCCGUCAGCGCAAGUUCUCCAUCCCGAAGGCGUGCGAAAUGCUGGAACGCUACCUUGCCCUUCGGCAGUCCUUCCCGCACUGGUUCCAGGGUUUGGAUCCGUGCGAUAAGACGAUGAUGUCGAUGGGCGACGAGGAUGUGUUCCAUGUGCUUGGGUUCGAUGCCAAGGGUCAGAUCGUGAUACUGAUCAAAUCGCGGAACUUCCGCGUCGACAAGUACGAUCUGGUCGAUCUGAUCCGGUUCAUGCACAUGAACGUGGAGGUGCUAUCGUGCGAUGAGAUGGUGCAGGUGGCGGGCGUUGUCCUGGUCGUCGAUUGCCACGAGGCGACGAUGGCGCACUUUACGCUGUUCCGGUUGAGCGAGAUGCGCCACAUUGGACCGUACAUCAACCAGCUGCUGCCGAUCCGGUGCCGGGAGAUACACGUCAUCCGACUGCCGAAGGUGGCCGCCUCGAUCGUCGAUCUGCUCUUCACCUACAUCAGUCCCAAGCUGAAGCAUCGAUUCUUCUUUCACAAAACGAUGAACGAAGCGGUGAACCACCUGGGCAAGGAGCUGCUGCCGUGCGAGUAUACCAACGAGAGCGAGGACCCGAAAUCGUUGACGCACGUGUUCGCGAAGCGGCUGCACGAUGGCCGGGAUCAGCUGCGAUCGCUAGACAACAUGGAGAUCGAUAUCGCCAAAUUCAGCUCGGUCUGGAACAAGAGCCAACCGAACGGAUACGCACCCGGCGGUAUCGAUGCCGGUAUGGUCGGCAGCUUCCGUAAGCUCGACAUCGAUUGAAGCACAAAACCCAACCGAUGACCACGAUGCCUUUCGGAACAGCAGCCGGGGUCUGUGUUGAGCAACUGUGUUAGCAACUUGUUGGGAUGUGUAGCUUGACUAAGGGGGAUUUCACGGGCAGGGUUGUGUUUGAGUGUGUGGAGAGAGAGAGAGUGUGUUUAGGUUGGGUUUGUUCAUGAAGUUUAUAUCCCUAUUAUCUCCCUCGCCCUACCCUCGUGUAAAACGUUGUUAUGUUGCAAUGUAGCUCCUUCGCUUCGCUCCAGGUUUGUGCUCGAUGUAUCCCAAUUUGCGCGAGAGAGAGAGAGACGUAGGAUAUCUUCUAGGGCACAACACGCACCUCAAGCCUCGGAGACAUUAACACGCUUGUGUUUGUGUGUAUGUAUUAAAUGUAGUGGACACAACCAUCCCCCCGGGGGGGUAUUAUAUUGUGUUAGUUUGUA